AAAUAAGGUGAUCCAGAUUGGGCGCUCUACGGUACCCAAGAUCUGAGCUAGAGCUGCCCAAACCCUUGAACUAGGAACUCAAGGACUUCGGCAGUGACAUCAGGGAGAGCGGACAACGCGAGCUGUGGAGGCGCAUGAACGUCGUCUUCGCCCUCUCGCGACCAAGGACACGAUUGAGGCGCCUGAGGAAGGCUUGGCAGGUGGCAGAUCUUCUUCAAACAAAGCACAGCUUGUUUGCUAGUUCAACUUGUAGAACCAAGGCCGCAUUCUGGGGUACUCUGGACUCUUUCUCAGGAUCGGAACAGAUAAUCGUGCCGAGUGGUUUGAAGUACUCUGCGAUGAUGUCGGCCCCCAAUGGGCAGAGGAAGAAGCAAGUUCCAGAGGGUUUCAAGGUUUUGAAGGAGGGCGAUGUUGAGAUCUUACAGCAUGGUAAUGAUGUCUUCUACAACAAGACUCAGAUUGUGAACCGCGACCUUUCGAUCGCCAUCCUGCGUACUUUUGUUGAGAAGCGCCGAGAGGAGGAUGCCGCGGCAAAAGCCAACAAGAAGAAGAGAGGCGGAGAAGGGCAGGGUGGUGGAGGAAAGGGGAAGAACAAGCAAGCUGGUCAGCACGCAAGCGGGGCGGGGUCAAGCGCUGCGCCAGGAGCAAUCGGUGGCAGUGUUAGUGAUGGGCCAGGCGGAGUUGGUAAUGGUCCGGUCGCCAGUGCCAGCGGUGCACCGGGUGCUGGGGAAAGUGGUCACGCAGGGAAGGUUGAGGAAAGGAGGGGAGAGAGUGGGCCGGAGCCAGGUCCCUCGGACGAUGCAGCCGGUUCGGGGCCUUCUCACAAUGAGAAGGGAGCAGUGCAAGGGGCCAGUGGAAGCACGGAAACGGCCAACGGGGAUGGCGGAGCCUCGUCUUCGGGUGCGGCGCAUGGGAGGGGGAAGGGUUUGGCCCCGCUGAAAGUUCUUGAGCCACUCGCGGCAUCCGGUCUACGGUCCCUCCGUUAUGCAAUUGAAGUGGACGGGCUCGGGGCCGUCCUUGCCAGCGAUAUUGACAAAGUCGCCGUUGAAGCGUGCCGACGAAAUAUCGAAUGGAACGGGGGGCGCGCGGCGUUGGUCCAAGUGCGGGAACAGGAUGCGCGACUGCUGUGCCUGCAGCACGAGAAGGCAUUCGACAUCGUCGACUUGGAUCCGUACGGCUCCCCGUCCAUCUUCCUCGACUCGGCCGUUCAGAGCGUGGCGGACGGGGGGCUUUUUCUGUGCACGGCCACCGACAUGGCCGUCCUGUGCGGCAACAACGGCGAGGUGUGCUACUCCAAGUACGGGGCAUACCCGCUGCGCGCCAAGUACUGCCACGAGAUGGCUCUCCGGAUCCUCCUCCAAUGCAUCGAGAGCCAUGCCAACCGGUAUAAGCGCUACAUCGUCCCUGUCCUUUCGUUGUCCGUCGAUUUCUACAUCCGGGUCUUCGUUCGCAUCCACACGUCCCCAAACAUAGUCAAAGCCAGCCCCAGCAAGCUCUCGUAUGUGUACCAGUGCGUUGGGUGCGACUCGUUUUACUUGCAGCCGUUGGGGAGGGUCACGCAGAAGAACAACCAGUCGCGGUACACUCCCGGCGUCGGCCCCGCAGUCGGGCAGGCGUGCGAGAACUGCGGGAAGCACUUUUUGAUGGGCGGCCCCAUUUGGUCGGAGCCCAUCCACGACCCCGCCUGGGUGGCCGCCACGCUGAGCCGCGUGCGCAGUAUGAAGCACCGCUACCCGGCGUACGACAAAGUGCACAGCAUCCUCACUGCAGUCUCUGAGGAACUCCCCGACUGCCCCCUCUACGUCAGCCUCCACGCCCUGAGCGCAACGCUCAAGUGCACUCCCCCUUCCGCGAUCCUGUUCCGCUCGGCGGUGGCCAACGCAGGGUACCGCGUGUCGACGUCGCACGCCAAUCCGCUCGGGAUCAAAACGGAUGCGCCGAUGGAAGUGCUGUGGGACAUCAUGCGGUGCUGGGUGAAAGACCACCCGGUGAAGCCGCAGAAGGACGAGACGCCGGGACAAAAGAUCCUGGCGCAGCAGCCCCAGAUACAGGCGAACUUUGCGCGCAGCAAUGCGGCACAGAGCAAAGCCCAGGCAACGCGGGUUCCUCGCUUCCUGCCGAAUCCGGAGCAGCACUGGGGACCCAAGCCCAAGGCGGGCCGCAAAAUUGGGCCCCAGCACGCGUCGCUCAUGGGGGAGGCCGCCGUUAAUGGCGGCCCAUCUUCGUCGAACAGCAUCCCGGCACCGAUUGUUGGUAGUGUAGUAGCGGAGAGCACGGGUAUCGCAGAGAUCGACGGAGGGGACGAAGAGCCUCCAGCUGCCAAGCGCCCGAAGUUAGAAGCGAAAGCAGAAGCAGUGGGUGACAGCUAGCAGGAUGGAAGUCCUGAUUCGCGUCUUGUGACAUGGAAUGCUUCUGUUGUGAGCUAUGACCUUUGCUUGUCCCAAAACGGUUCUGUGUUCGACUGCUUGUCGCGGCCAGGCUUUAUAAGUGUGACGCUGGGUACUUUCAUG